UACCAACAUUAUAACGAAACAUUGACUUUCGUUGAGUAAAACAUUCAUUCAUUUCGUGCUUCCAUUCGGUGUGUUAAUCGGACCUACGUUUUCGGAUAAAAACAUAAUAAUUGAAAACAUCAAUCGCUAACAUGGCCAUCGGUAACAAAAGAAUGGCCAAUCGACCAGCAAACGGUCAUAAUAUGAGAAGAUUUAAGCCUGGUAAUAGGCAGAUGAAUAUGGGCGGAAUCGGCGCCAUGUUCAAUAUUAUUAAUAAUACAAAUCAGAUACCAUCGAAUGGCUAUUUGGAUUUUACUGAGCCAACCAGUAACAAUAUGUCGAAUAAUACAAAUGCCAACGGUCAAAAGCAAUCCAAAAACAAUGCAAAUGGCAGUGCAACAAACGGUAACAGCAAUAAAAAUCGCAACAUGCAGAGAAGAAACAACAACAACGGUCAACAGCGGUCGUCGAAUGGUGGGAUGAACAAUAAUAUGAACGGAAAUAAUCGUUGGGGCAAUAACAACCGUGGAGGUAUGGGCAAUAACAAUCGCAAUAAUAACAAUAGACAAGGCGGUAAUAUGAUGCUAGGUGGCCAAUUCAACGGACCACCACGUAUGCAUCCGAUGGUUGGACCCAACGGUCCAAUGCUGCCGCCGAUGUUACCGCCACUACCAAUGCCUAUUCAUAACAUGAAUGGACGAUUUCCCCGACCACCACCAAUGGGAAUUGGUAUGGGACAGGGUCCGAUUCGACCUCCAAGUUUCCGUAUGGGUCCAGGUCCAUUUUCGAACAGAGGAAUGAUGCCCAGAAAUAAUGCAGGUGGUCCAAUCAGAAGGAAUAAUAAACUGAGCGGCGGCAUGGUAAAUAAAAAUAAUCGACGUAACGGCGGUAAUGCUCAAUCGAGUCAGAAAAACCGCAAAAAGAACCAAAUCAAAAAUGCCAAACGAACAAAUCCGAAUGUUAACAAGUAUGCACUGGACAAACCGUGGGUGAAUGAUGAGAUUAAACAAGCGCAUCAAGCGAAAACUGAUCUGGAGAAUCAGUUGAAAGGCAAAAAGAAUGACGAAAUUUUUGCCAAAUUCAAGGAGCAGAGAGACAAAUUUGUCAGCUUGUAUGACACAGCGAAAGAAGCAUUUGUAACCACGCAAAAGAAGGAUAAAGAGAAAGUUUUGAAAGAGUCGGACACAGGUGAACAAAAAGACACAAAUAAUGAUGUCGAAUUGCCAAUUGCAAGUGCUGCUUCAUAAAUUUUAUGUCAUCCAAUCAAAAGAAAAUCGAUUGAAGACGAUGAAACGAAAACAAAAACAAAAAUUUUGUUCGAGAGCGUUUUUUUUUGUUUUGUUUUUGUGUUAUAAUGAAAAUGGAAAGAAAUAAUUUUUGUGUUAAAGAAGUGAAAUGUUUCUUUUUUGUUUCUCAAUAAUAUUGAACAUUUAACACAAAUCUUUCCAAUUCAAUCAAUUAAUUUAUUGCAAUCAAUUUAGAUAAUUAUUGAUCAAUCCUAAAAUGUACGUUUUUUGUUGGACAGCAUUAAAAAAAAAACAGAAAAAAAAAUCGUCCAAAACUCAACUCAAUUGAAAAUUUAAUAAUUUUUUUUUUGCUCUUUUGUCAUGUUGACUAGAACGUUUGCCGUUUGAAUAUUUUACAAGAAAAAAAAAAUUAAAAUAUCUAUAACUGUCACUGAAAUAAGUAACAAUUAAACCGAAAAAAGGACGAAAGAAAAUGUUUGUUUCUAAAUAUUCUAUUUUGGGCACUAGUUCAACUGUUAGUAAUUUAUUGUAAAUUACGCAUUAAUUUUCCUGUAAACAAUUAAGGUCUAGUUUUAUGUAAAAUUUAGUUUAUAUCAUUUAGUUUACGUGUCUUCUCUAGCCGUUGAAAGAAGAAUGACAGUAUUGGAAUCAAAUUGAAUUGAAUUUACUUUAUUUUACAUUCAUAGCUCCUGUAGCGUUCAUAGCAUUCAUGUUUUACCCGUUUAAACGUUUCCGUUUUAGUGCUACAUAAAUGUAUCAAAUGAAUUGAAUCGGGUUAGCAUUAUAACGACGGAUUGAAAAACGAAUGCAAAAAAACAUGUUUCAUUCGACACAUUUUUGAACUAAUUAAAAUGAAAGACUUGGAAUAAAAUUGUAAGCACGGACAAC